CUACCUUUAAUUACACAAGUAAAUUUACUUCCUGGUUCAUGGGUUAGGAUUUAGUUUCACUGCGCUGUUGAUUAUAAACAUUAGUUUGUACAGAUUUGGAAUACAUUUUACUCAGACUACAUUUCUUGAACAGUUCCAUCGGCCGUACGGUAGAUUUCAAACGAUGGCUUCCAACCUCGGAUAUGAUACUGAAAACAAUGAACAACAAAGAGCUACGAGGCGUGAAGCCCCAUCUAUACAAGUAAAUGACAUAGAAGUAGACGCAAGAGGGCAGAGGAGAGAUAAAGAAGGGACGGAGCAAAAGACCGACUACGAGGAUGAAGCCCGGAGACUUCGUAAAUUGUUGAGGCUUUAUUUCUACGCAGCUUUCAAAUGGAAGGGAAACACGUGUUACUUCCAUCUCAUCUACUGUUUUUUCUUUUGUAUACAGAUAAUUAAAGUUGCUCUUUUAACGACACAGAUGUUCCAAUUUGGAAAUGAUCGGGGUAACUUCAGUUCAGUUGUCAACAGGGGACACCUCACUCUUCGUCAUCUCCUUCUUGAACACUGGGACGCAAGUUGGGAAACUCUGCCGUAUCCCCCUGCACAGGGAGACUUUGCCGUCUAUACGAUAAGUGAUCUAGAGAGUGGCAUCAACUUUUCUGUGCAAAACUACUAUAACGCCGAAAAAGAUGCAAUAGGAUACUACAUCAGAACACCUGACGAUAAAAUGAUUGCGACAGUGAAAUACUUUGACUUUCCUGGUUUCAAUGAUGCGCAUAUUGAAGAGGGAAUACUCAUAUCAGACAAAACAUUUCCGAUCGACAAAGGUCUGACAUCAGAAACAACGCCUGAAAAUGAGACGCUAUAUAGCUACAACAUUACAAGAGAAUUCGAAUACUUAAAUUUGUCACAGCCAAUUAAAAGAAUGUUGUCUACAACUCUACAUUUAACGCUACAUUCUGUUCGCUCCCAUAUAAAUAAUAAGAAGGCUACAUGUCUGAAGAUAGAGGGAUGGGUAGAAUUUGUUGAUCUAGAUAAUAAUGGCCAGGUGUCGGUAGACCUUGAUACGCACACCAGAAGAAUCAAAUGUCGAGAUAUGAAUCUUUCUUUAUCAGACUGGCAGCUGGAAAAUACAUCAGAAACAGCUGGUGCAGCUGUUAUUGUAUUUACCAUAUUCUCGAUAAUAAUUACAACGUUAACAAUAGCCUUUGCAGCUUUUAGUUUCUGGAAAACGAAACAUUUUAUGAAGAAGCACUACAGGUCGUACUAUGGGGCCAUUGAUGAGGAUGAAAUUGAUCUACCCACAUCAGAGUACUUACGCUUCGUUAAAUUCUGGGAUAUAACCGUACUCUUCUCUGACGUUCUGACGUUAUACGGAACAAUUUGGAUUGUGUUUAAUACAGAGCACAGUGAAUGGGUUCUGGAAAUUCUGGACUCUUACACAGUUUGGCUAGGAGUUGGUUGUAUUCUUGCGUGGCUCAGUCUUCUACGGUUCUUCAAAUUCCACAAUAAAUUCCAUUUAUUAUUUAGCACACUGUACAGAGCUUUCUGGGAUGUGUUGGCAUAUCUCAUAUGCGUUGGUGUCUUAUUCGUUGCUUUCUGGGUGUGUGGGUAUGUUGUAAUGGCUCCGUACCAUGUUAAGUUCCAAACGCCAGCAGCUGCUGCUGAAACGUUGUUUGCUAUUGUAAAUGGUGAUGAAAUAUAUGCCACAUUAGCUAUUCUGGAGUCUGACAAGAGCGGAGGUAACUGGGUGUGGUGGUUCUCUAGGUUCUACUUUGGAGCAUAUGUUGCUAUAUUCACCAUCGUGGUUAUCAACCUGCUGAUUGCACUUUACAAUAGCGCUUAUGAUUCCAUUAAGUCGUACUACAAGGACAAACCAAAUGAAAGAGAAUUAGGUCCAAUGGAAAAGGCUUUACGUCGUUUUCUGGAGCAAAAAACAGAGGGAACCAAUUUGCGAUCUUCCAUUUGUGAUUUGAUGAGUGAAGGAAGAUCACUCUCCAAAGAAGAAUCAUCACUAAGAAUGGAACUUGAAAAAAUUGUUCAAGUUUCAAAAAGCAAGAAUGACGUGGUUCUCCUGAAGCCGAGGACAUUAAAAGCGUUUAUGGAAGACGAAGAUGGCAAAACUAAAGAGAUAAAAUGCUGCUGUAUGACUUGCUCCUUCACUUUGUUCUCUGGACAUGAUCAAGCAUCUUCUGGACAAUAACAGUACUGUAGAAGCUGACAAUCGUGAGGUGAUAAAACUAUUAAAAGAAGGUACCAUACGGUGUCAGACUGUUUAAAUGUUAUGACAACUUCGAGAAUACCCAGGAUAGAUUAAAGUACAAGGCUAAAAUGAUUUGCCUUAUGAUGUGCAAUCAAGGUUGUAAAAGUAGAAACCCAUUGACUACGAAGGUAUAUAACAUAAUUGAAUAUGAGCUCAACCAAUGGCUGGUGUGCUGUUUACUUGUAUAGUUAAUAAAAUAUUACUUCACUUUUUUCAAGAAAGCAUUUGAAAUUUGUCAUAGAAUCAAAUCAUUUUCCUCAGAUAUUCAUAUUUGGUAAACUCUGCCAAAUUACGUACAUAUUGAAUACUAGUAAAGCCUCGAAGGUAGGGUUAAUAUAUACAAGAACAAAAGAAAAAAACAUUUUGGUACUUUAUUUUAUGCUCUUCAGUGGAAUACUGAAAUUUAUCAGUAAAAUAAAUUUGAUAUUUUCACUGUUUCAGACAGUGAAAAUAUCAUUUUUAUUUUUCACUGGUACGGAACUACACUUGAAUGCGAAAGAAUAUGAAUUAUAUAGAUAAUAGGUAAUUCCUUGCAAAAUAUACUUCAGUAAAGAUAUAGAUGUAUAGAAAUACUAACAGGAACAUAAAUAUAUACAUUCUAUCAUAAUAAAAUAUAAAAGAAAUCAGGAAACGUAAUAGAACUAUUUACAAUUCUUCUUCAAAGAUACCCUGACGUCACGACAUAAUGACGUCAUGAUGCGAUGCACGUGACGUUGCGCGUACAAACUGGAUAUAAUUUUGUUAAAGCCAUUUAAAAUACUUAAAAUAAAUAGAAAAUGUGUUUGUUUCAGUGUAAGAUCGAAAUAUAUUUCACUCGUGAACACCAUAAUUUACAUUUUCACUCGUGGCUGCGCGACUCGUGAAAAUAUUGCAUUAUAGUGUUCACUCGGUGAAAUAUAUUUCGAUCUUACACUAAAACAAACAAAUAUUCUCUAUUUAUUCAAUAUUUGCAUGAGAAUGUUUACACAUGCAUAAACGCCAAAACAAACAUUGAUUUAUUUCUUAUAAUUCCAAGUAAACAUGUUUCCAAACCGAUCUUUAAUGACUUUGCUCUCCGCACCAAAUUAUUUCAAAAACAACCUUUCGUCAAAUUGUAAAUCGAAACCAUGAUUAUCGUAUAAGAAAUGAUUUACUUAAGAAAGUAAGUGCUCAACCUUAUAUGUUCCAUUCAGAAAUAUGAAAGUUAUUGCCGCAUUUCUAAAACUACUGCCAUCUGUUUUGGAAAUGAUGUAACGCUGAAAUACGCGCAUGUGUCCCGGAUAAACCAGCCAAACUGUUUGAAUUGAUGAAUAUAAGAUUUACAAAUUUUUAUUUACUUAUAAAGUGGUUAUUAGUAUAUGUUCACUACUGCCGUGACAUUUUAAAUGAGUGAUCACAAUUGGAAUUUCUGAAGGACCUAAUUAAAGCAAAUUUAAAUUCUAUUAUAAAAAUUUGAGACCAUUGUACUUUUCAAUAUGUAAAGUGGAUCUGAUGAAAACUCUUAAAGUUUAAGUCCGCGUGCAUUGCACUUUUAUGAAUAUCAUACAGUUAGCUUAAAUGUAUGUAUUUUUGGCAGAAACUGUUUAUACGUAAUUGUUUGGUGCUUUCAUUGCUUUAAUAAGAAGUAAUAACAAUGUACCAAAAAAUAAGUUUGCAGAUUAAAAGAUACACAUUCUGUAUGUAACUGAUGUAUAUCAUAUCACAUUUCUUUUAUUUAUAUAUGCUUCAGCAAAUAUUAUUGCAUUUUUUAUAAUAUUAUGUUACGUGUUAUGUUCAUACAAUUCUGUUUUUAGAUAUUGAUGGAAAAUAUUUUGUACAUGUAAAGUAUUCUCAUUUUCUUUCUUAUAUUUAAUUAUUAAAAAACCAGCAGCUGUCUGUCCAACUUCGAUAGGUAGCUUUAACUUUUGCUGUGUUAUUAAUCAAUUGAUUAUUCACAUUUAUCAACUGGUCUUAUAAUUCAUCAUAUUAUAAUAUAAUAUAAUAAUACAUUUUAACAAUUAUAGACACGAUAUCAAAUGUAACCACUUUAGAAUAAAUAUAAUACAGAA